AUGCGCAAUCUCGCACUUGAAUCCACAGCAUCGGUGCAGAUACCGUGCAGCUCAAAAGGAAGGAUAAGCCGUUUGGCGCAUGACCUGGCAUCCGGGGACCGAUUCAUUGCCGUCGAGAAUGUGCUUGGGGGGGAAGAGGUACAGGUGGAAGUGUGGAAAGUGGGAGGAAAAGGACAAGUUGAUGAUGUACCCUGCGCUAUUCUCAUGGCGCCAGCUGCUUCGAAUGCCGCAACACAAGUCAUCGCUCUGAACGUGCUUGCCGAGCAACAGAUAUUAUGUAUGGUCCUACGUGGAGGAACGAUUGCUACUGCACCAUUAGAAGCAGACUUUGCUACUCUCGGUGUACAAUUCGAAGUCGUUGGGGAGGUCGAGUCUGGCAUUCUGUCCGCUGCCUGGUCUCCAGAGGAAGACGUUCUGGUCCUCCUCACAGGCGCUUCCGAGCUGCUCCAAAUGACACCAACAUUCGACGUUCUGUCUGAAGCGUCAUUAAACACAACAAGCUACGGAGAAGAACAGCAAGUGAAUGUCGGAUGGGGAAGCAAAUCGACGCAGUUCCACGGUUCGGCGGGAAAGCAGGCUGCACAAGCUGCACCGCCUGAGGUCGUCGGCCUCAGCCCUGAUGAUGACGCCCUUCCGAAAAUCAGUUGGCGUGGGGAUGCGCAGUUCUUCUCCGUCUCGGCUGUUGACGAAGGCAGGCGGGUUAUACGUGUGUACUCCCGCGCUGGAAUGCUGCAGAAUACCUCUGAGCCCGUUCCUGGACUCGAGCACACGCUCGCAUGGAAGCCCUCUGGCGCGCUCAUCGCGAGUACUCAGAGAUUCGGGUCUUCAGCUCCAGGGCUUGGAGCGGGAAAAGAAGGGAGACAUGAUGUCGUGUUCUUGGAGCGGAAUGGCUUGCGACACGGGGAAUUCACGCUGAGAGAGGAGGGAAGAUAUAGAAUCAAAGAGUUGGACUGGAGCGCGGGAAGCGAGGUGUUGACCGUGUGGAUUGAGCGGGAAGAAGGAGAUGUGGUACAGCUGUGGACCAUAAACAACUAUCAUUGGUAUCUUAAACACGCAGUGCAUCCACCUGUGCCCGGGGAACACUUUACCACCGUCCAGUGGCAUCCAGAAUUAUCACUACGUCUCAUCGUCACCACGUUAACUCACAUACUCGACCGUUCCUUUGCAUGGAUUACAGCCCGUUCCACCGAAUCUGUCCCAAGAGAUACAGGCACAGUAGCAAUCAUCGACGGUUCCACACUACUCAUGACCCCCUUCCGACGCAUGAACGUUCCACCGCCUAUGUGCGGAUAUCGACUCCCCCUCGGUGGAAAUGGCGAACCGCCGAUCGAUCUGGCGUUCGAUACUGACAAGGAUCGAUUGGCAGUGUUAAGGCAGAACUCUGUUGAAGUUUGGGAGCUAAAUAUCGUGGUCGGGAACGGCAAGGUCGCCGAUCCUGUUAAAGUGUGUGACUCGACUUUGGAGCAGGCUAUCGAUACUCGCCAGGUUGAGCUAUCCGGAAACCAUGUCACCGUGCUCGGCUACGAUUGGGAAGAGGAACGGGAUGUCGUCUUGCAGCUACAGUCCGAGGAUGGCUCCGCAUGGGACAAAACUGUGAUGGCAUCGACUGGGUCUGGGCGGCUAGUCUCUGCGACCGACGGUCACCCUCUCCUUUUCCAAGGGACGAGUGGCGAGGUCGUAUCUAUUGCGGACAACGCCGUACAGCUACGCCUUCCGGUCUUCUGCUUUCAGACCGCAUUCAUUCCGUCGCCUACUCCCGCAGUUAUCGGCAUGUCCAGCAAGGGAACUCUCUACGCCGUGUCUGAGACGACGACGCUCACCUUGACCACCAACUGCACUUCCUUCAUGCUCUCCACCGACUUCCUCAUAUACACAACAUCGGCGCAUCAAGCUCAUUUUGUACCAAUCGCCGACGACCUCACAUCACUCCUGAUGGAGCCCGAUACGACACUCCCCGAGUUCGAGAAACGAAAAGUCGAGCGUGGAUCGAGGAUCGUCACCGUCGUGCCAAGUAAUAUGGCACUUGUUCUCCAAAUGCAGAGAGGAAAUCUCGAGACUGUGAAUCCCAGGCCCUUGGUAUUACAAACCAUGCGACGAGACCUCGAUGGUUCGGACUAUCGUUCGGCAUUCCUCGCCUGCCGCAAGCACAGGAUCGAUCUCAACGAGCUAGCGGAGCACGAUCCGGCGAUGUUCAUGCGGGACAUUCCUCUAUUCGUCGAGCAGGUGGACGAUGUGGACCAUAUUAACCUUUUCCUCACCGGGAUCGGUCAGUCAUCCCAAUCGAUCGAAAGGAAAAACGAGAUAUGCGACGCCAUCCGUACUCAGCUAGAACAGCGAGACCUGAAACGCUACGUGAGCUCGAUCCUUACCGCGCACGUCGUCAAGUCGCCCUCUGAUGUCGAAAGUGGGUUAAAGCUGCUCCUGAGACUGCGGGACGAGAACCCGGAGAUCGUAGAGGAGGCGAUCAAGUACAUCAUCUUCCUGGUCGACGUCGAUCGGCUAUUCAACAUCGCCCUAGGGAUGUACGACUUUUCGCUCGUUCUGAUGAUCGCCCAGCAUUCGCAGAAGGACCCGCGCGAAUACCUGCCCUUCCUACGGGAGCUCGCCGAGCUGGAAGAAAACUACCAGCGAUUUCGGAUCGACGACCAUCUCGGGCGACACUCGACGGCGCUGGAACAUCUCCGGCUGGCAGGGGACACCCAGUGGGACAGGGCGAAGAAGUACGUUGACGUGCACGCGCAUCUGUGGCCUCACGCGCUCCGGCUGUGGAAGGAGGAUAAAGAGAAGGAGGCUGAACUGCAGGAGAUGUACGGCGACUACCUGAUGGAAAAGAAAGACUACUCCAGCGCGGCACUCGCCUUCCUCCUCUCACAGAAAACCGAAAAAGCCCUCCAAGCGCAAGAGGCAGCGCUCGCCUGGCGAGACCUGUUCGCCCUCGCCACGCAGGCCGGGGCGUCUCCAGACCGACUCUCGGCGAUCGGCAGGCGGGUCGCAGACAAGCUCUGUAGUAAACGGCGGUACGCGGAGUCGGCCCAGGUGCUGCUCGAUUAUGUGCACGAUGUGGACGAAGCUGUGAAUACCCUCCUCCUUGGGAGCGGGUAUAACGAAGCGGUACGGGUUGCUUACCUGCACCAGUGCCCGGAGCUGGUAGAAGACCGCGUUAGGCCGAGUGUGCUCAACUCUGCUGAGAACGUGCUAGAAGAUCUGGAGGAGAUGGGUGAGCAGCUCCGAAAGCAGGUGACGAGGUGGGAAGAGCUGCAGGAGAAGAAACGGGCUUACCCGGGGGAGUUUUACCAUCAGGGAGAGGAGGAGGAGGGAGAGGGGUUGGGGGUACAUGAUGUGGACGUCAUGUCUGCUACUACGGCGGGAACGAGGUUUACGAGGUUCACGCUUGCUCCUACGAUCUUGACGAGCGGGACGGGGACGACAAAGAGCGCCAAAGGGCGGCGGAAGACAGAGCGCAAGCGGCUGAGCGGGAAGAAAGGGAGCGUGGACGAAGAAGAGUAUUUGGUCAGCUCGGUGCUGAAGCUGUGUACGAGGCUGGAGGGGGUGCAGCGGGAGGUGGGCGGGUUAGUGCGGUUUUUGAUUUUGUGGGAGGAGGGGAGGGCCAGGGAGCUGGGGAGGGCGUUGGAGGGGUUUGAGAGAGAGGUAAAGGGGGUGGGAACGAAUGAUAGAUGA